AGUAACUUAUUGAACCAGCAGAUGGCGAAAUACAAAAAAUAGUUCGCUUGUUGACAACUGACCAAAUAAUAGAAGAAGACUAAUAUUGGUAGAUGUAGAAGAAGAAUGAAACAAGCAUGGCAGGAAAUAUAACUAACACUGCGGCUCCUAUUACUAGUUCUCUAUCUAAACUACAGUCUUUAAAUGGGUUGUUUGCGAUAUAUAAGAAACAAGGACCGACAUCUGCAGACGUGUUGAAUACACUCAAAGAAGUUUUACUCAAGGAAGCUGGUGUAAAAAACCCAAACCCACGAAAGAGGAGGAAGCAGAGCCUGAAGAUGGGCCACGGAGGGACGCUGGACAGUGCUGCCAGUGGGGUGUUGGUUGUUGGUGUUGGGAAUGGCACAAAGAUGCUCAGUACAAUGUUGGCUGGUUCUAAGAAAUAUGUUGCUGUUGGGGAACUGGGGAAAGCAACAGAUAGUCUUGAUGCCACUGGCAGUGUGAUUCUGGAGAAAGACUUUGAACACAUAACCAGGUUGGACAUUGAGGAGAAACUGAAAGCUUUCACUGGUGACAUAAUGCAAGUUCCUCCACUCUACUCUGCGCUGAAAAAGGACGGCCAGCGCCUGUCUGUCCUGCUGAAGAAAGGUCACCAGGUUGAGGCCAAACCAGCCAGACCGGUCACCGUGUACAACCUGACCCUGCAGGAGUUCAAGCCUCCUCUCUUCACUCUUGAUAUCGAGUGCGGUGGCGGAUUUUAUGUCAGAAGCUUGGUUGAUGACCUGGGAAAGGCGCUGUCAUCAUGUGCCCAUGUGAAGGACCUGAUCCGGACCAAGCAGGGUCAGUUCACCCUUGAGGAGCACGCCCUACCAGAGGAGCAGUGGACACUGGAACACAUCCUGCGCUCUCUGCAGCCCUGCUCCGACGCGGAGCUCCCGGGCGCCGACACCUGAGGAACACCUGAACAGGAACUUUCUGUCUGACUGACCUGCUCGGCUUUUCCAGCGCGGAGAACAUCCUGUCUAGGCGUGCCAAUUUCUCCAGAGUGUUUUUAAGGUCGUGUUGAUGAAGUGUGACCAAUCAAGAUGCGUGUCCAAACACAUUCUUGUUUAAGGAACUAAAUGGACGAGUGUGAUCAUAUACUGUACUCAUGAUUUCUAGGCCACAUUCUGGUGGUUUCUGGCUUUUCUCUGUCUCAACUGCUAUUAACGAUUUAGUUGAUUUUGUAAAUAAUUCUAUAUUUAGGAACAUAGAUCAUCCUCUAUCCAGCCUUGGCCUUCACCUGUUUAUAGCCUCCCUCCCCCUAGAGCUGGAUGAUACACACAUUUACACUAUUGGACAAUAGGAACACAUAUAUACUAGGGCGGGGAAUAUUGCUUUAAAAUUCACACAGUACUUAACAAACAUUGGGGGAAAAUGUUAAUUUCUUUUAGGAUUUAUGCUGAAAUGAUUUCAAAUGGUUUCCUUUUUUGCAUAAUUUCCUUGUGAAUACAGUUCCUGCUUUGAGUCACAACGGUGGGGAAACCUUAAGAUCAGCAGAGACAUUAACUUCAUUUAUGUUGCAAUAUAAUGGUAUAUUAACUGAUAUGAAAAGGAGUUCUGUGACACCAUUGUCUUCAUUUAGGUGGUCUCUCGAAAUAUAUGGAGGUUUGUUUGUGGAAAUGCCAUGAUCUCAACAGUGCUCCAGAAAAAGAUAUUUGAAGAAAUAUGAAGGAAAGCAAUUUCUGUUCUUCCAGUACACCGUAAAUAGCUGCUAUUAUACUAUUAUUAUUUUUA